AUGGAUCCAAGGAUUCCGUAUAGCCAGUCCACUGGGUAUAUGGGCCUUCUUAACAGUCAACAAGGAAGUGUCUGUCCUGAAAACUCUCCAUAUGAGACAUUUCCUUCUCUAUCUCAACAGUUCCCUCAGUUUAGUUCACAAGAAAGUGAGGCUCCAACUCCACCUACAGAGAUACCCGUGGAGCGUGGGAGGAGACAUAAAUGGACCCCAUCCGAGGAUGAGAUGCUGAUCACUCUGAAUGGUGGAGAUGGCGGAAAUGUUGUUGAAAGUAGCGAACAUGUUCAUUACAAGCAGAGGUGGCACAAGAUUAAUAUAGAAACCAACAGGUUUUGUGCUUCAUAUGCGGCUGCGGAGCGACAGAUAAGUAGUGGUCAGCAUGAGAAUGAUGUUCUUAAGAAGGCCCAUGAGAUCUUCUACCUCGAUCACCAGUCCAAAUUUACACUUGAACAUGCGUGGUGUGUGUUGAGGUAUGAGCAGAAAUGGCUUAACCUCAACACCACUCACGCUACUGUAAGUUCAAAGCGGAAAACCGGUGUAUCAGAUUCCCAACCUACCACCCCAAAUGUUGGUGGAGAAGAGAUACGCCCCGAAGGAGUAAAGGCUGCAAAAGCUAAUCGGAGUGCAAUGGGUAAGGGAAAAUCUGUUGCUGACUGUACGGCGGUUUGGGAGCUGAGGAAGGAGGAUUUGGAGAGGAAAGAAAAGCUGUCAAAGCUUGCCAUCUUAGACACUCUUCUAGCCAGAACCGGACCACUCAGUGAGGCUGAAGAAGUAGCCAAAAACAAGCUCCUCGCCGAGUAUUUCUAG